CAGUUGCUUACUAUCCGUCAAUCAAGUUUUGUCCUUUUUCUUCUUGUUUCUUACAUGCAAGCUUUAUUCUGCUGAGGCUUGAGCUUUAAAUCAUCCCAAUUUUUUGAUUUGAUACAACAAGAGCAUGUUUCUUAGCUUUUAUUAAUCUCAGAUGAAGAAUCUUGGGCUGUUCAAUAUUCUUCUACUUUUCUGUCUCUUUCUCUCGAGCCGUUUCGUUUCUAUUUCUUGUCUAAACUCAGAUGGGUUAGCUCUACUCUCGCUUCUGAAGCAUUUGGACAAAGUACCACCCCGAGUAACUUCGACAUGGAAGCUGAACGCAUCUGAAGCCACCCCAUGUAACUGGUUUGGUAUCACUUGUGAUGAUUCUAAGAACGUUGUGGCUCUCAACUUCACUCGAUCUAGCGUUUCAGGUCAAUUGGGUCCUGAAAUUGGGGAGCUCAAAAGCUUGGAGAUUUUGGAUCUGAGUAGUAACAAUUUCUCUGGGACUAUACCUUCCACUUUAGGAAACUGUACCAAGCUCGUUUCUUUAGAUUUGUCUGAAAAUAGAUUCUCUGGUGAGAUCCCAGAUACUCUCGGUAGCUUGAAGAGCUUGGAGUUGCUGUAUCUUUACAUAAACUUUCUCACUGGUGAGUUGCCUGCAUCCUUGUUUCGAAUUCCGAAGUUGCAGGUUUUAAAUCUCGAGUAUAACAAUCUAACCGGUCCGAUUCCUCAAAGUGUUGGUGAGGCUAAGGAGAUUGUGGAUCUGCGUAUGUUUGCGAAUCAGUUAUCUGGUAACAUCCCUGAGUCGAUUGGGAACUGCAGUAAUCUGGAGAUUCUGUAUUUGCACAGGAACAAGUUGGUUGGUUCAUUACCUGAAAGUCUUAAUCUUUUGGGGAAUCUCACUGAUCUGUUUGUUGGUAACAACAGUCUAGGAGGGCCUGUUCGUUUGGGCUCAGCCAAGUGCAAGAAUUUGUUGACUUUAGAUUUGUCGUACAAUAAAUUCGAAGGUGGUGUCCCUCCUGAAUUGGGAAAUUGCACUAACCUUGACGCUCUAGUCAUUGUGGAUGGUAACUUGUCAGGUACAAUCCCUCCUUCACUGGGUUUGUUGGAGAAGCUUACAGAUAUAAACCUUUCCGAGAAUCGUCUCUCUGGGAGUAUCCCCGCGGAGCUCGGGAACUGUAGUAGCUUGAACUUGUUGAAGCUGAACAAUAACCAGCUUGGAGGGGAGAUACCUAGUACAUUGGGGAAGCUGAAGAAUCUUGAAAGUUUAGAGCUUUUCGAAAACCGGUUUUCGGGUGAGAUUCCUAUUGAGAUAUGGAAGAGCCAGAGUCUUACGCAGUUGUUAGUUUAUCAAAACAAUCUCACAGGAGAGCUACCUAUGGAAAUGACCAAGAUGAAGCGUCUACAGAUCGCUACGCUCUUCAACAACAGCUUUUACGGACCCAUACCUCCGGGUUUAGGUGUGAACAGCAGUUUAGAAGAGAUUGACUUUAUUGGUAACAAACUUACAGGAGAGAUACCGCCGAAUCUAUGUCAUGGAAGGAAGUUGAAAAUACUCAAUUUGGGUUCUAAUCAGCUUCACGGUACAAUACCAACUUCUAUUGGUCACUGUAAGACCAUCAUGCGAUUCAUCCUUAGAGAAAACAACCUUUCAGGUCUUCUUCCUGAGUUCUCUCAGGAUCAUAGCCUUUCAUUUCUUGACUUCAAUAGCAACAACUUUGAAGGACCAAUCCCGCGCAGCCUCGGAAGCUGUAGGAACCUCUCGAGCAUCAACCUCUCUCGAAACAAACUCACAGGACAGAUACCUCCACAGCUUGGGAAUCUACAAAACCUUGGCUAUUUGAAUCUUUCGCGUAAUCUUCUUGAAGGCUCUCUACCAGUUCAGCUAUCUAACUGUGUGAUGUUGACUUUUGAUGUUGGAUUCAACUCUUUAAACGGUUCAAUUCCCUCAAACUUUAGCAACUGGAAAGACUUGUCGACUUUGGUUCUCAGCAAUAAUCGGUUUUCGGGAGGUAUUCCACAGUUCUUUCCUGAGCUUAAAAAGCUGUCAACUCUGCAGAUUGCUCGAAAUAAUUUUGGUGGUGAGAUUCCUUCCUCGCUUGGGUUGAUAGAGGUUCUGACUUAUGAUUUGGACCUUAGCGGAAACAGAUUGACAGGUGUAAUUCCAGUCAAGUUGGGAGAUCUUGGCAGACUAACAAGACUCAACAUAUCGAACAACAAUUUGACAGGCUCUUUGUCGAUUCUUGGAAAUCUUGCUUCGUUGCUGCGCGCUGAUGUCUCGAACAAUCAGUUCAGUGGUUCAAUACCGGUAAGCUUGAAGAAAGAGUUGAUCUCUGAUAUGUCGUUGUUUUCAGGAAAUCCCAAUCUCUGUGUCCCACAUUCCUUCUCUGUUAGCAACCUCAGCGGGUUAAAUUACUGCGCGGAUCAAACCAAGAAAAGUGGCCUCAGCACCUGGAAAAUUGCCCUUAUAGCGGUCAUAUCCUCUUUAUUUGUCUUAGUUGUGGUUCUUGCCCUUGUUUUCAUUUGCCUACACCGUCGCAAAGGAAAACCAGAGAAAGAUGCUUAUGUCUUCACCCAGGAGGAAGGCCCAUCUUUGUUGCUGAACAAAGUUCUUGCAGCAACUGACAAUCUAAAUGAAAAGUACAUCAUUGGAAGAGGAGCUCACGGAAUUGUCUACAGAGCCUCUUUGGGCUCGGGGAAGGUCUACGCUGUGAAGAGACUCGUCUUUGCAUCUCACAUCCGCGCAAACCAGAGUAUGAUGAGAGAGAUUGAUACAAUUGGUCAAGUCAGGCACAGGAAUCUGAUUAAGUUAGAAGGGUUUUGGCUGAGAAAAGACGACGGUUUGAUGCUGUAUAGAUACAUGCCCAAAGGAAGCCUAUACGACGUUCUCCACGGCGCUAGUCCAAAAGAUAAUGAGCUAGAUUGGUCUGCACGGUACAACGUAGCUCUUGGUGUCGCUCACGGACUGUCCUAUCUACACUAUGACUGUCAUCCCCCGAUUGUUCAUCGUGACAUAAAACCAGAGAACGUACUCAUGGACUCAGAUUUGGAGCCUCACAUUGGGGAUUUCGGUUUGGCUCGCCUUCUUGAUGACUCAACGGUUUCAACUGCAACUGUCACAGGCACCACCGGGUACAUCGCGCCAGAAAACGCUUUCAAAACCGUGAGGGGAAGAGAAUCAGACGUUUACAGUUACGGAGUUGUGUUGCUCGAGCUGGUAACAAGGAAGAAAGCUGUGGACAAAUCGUUCCCGGACAGUACAGAUAUAGUAAGCUGGGUCAGAUCAAUGUUGAGCAGCAGCAGAGACAAGAAUGUAGAAGACAUGGUGACAACAAUCGUGGAUCCGAUUCUCGCGGACGAGCUUCUGGAUUCGAGUCUUAGGGAACAGGUGAUUCAAGUGACGGAACUGGCACUGAGUUGUACGGAGAAAGAUCCGGCAAUGAGACCAACGAUGAGAGAUGCGGUGAAACUGUUGGAAGAUGUGAAAUAUCUUGAAAGAAGCUGCUCCUCUGAUUCAGUUCGGUAAUCUCGUUGAUCUGUCUAAGGAAGGAAUCGUAAUACUUACGCGUUAUGUAACUCGGGCCAAUAAUGUAAAAUAUGGGCUUAUAUAAAGCCCAAUGACGGCCCUUUAAUUGUAACCGUGCUUGUGAAAUAAAAAUAUCGUUUAUCCAA